AUGCCAAGGAAAUGUGAUUUUGCAGGCGGUGUACUGUUAUGGGCAGCUCCAGAGAUUUACUCCAAGGUCGCUGAUCCGGUUGGCGCUGCCGAGGAUACGUAUAGCGUGGCCGUUGACAUCUUGUCUCUCGGUGUUGUCGUCGCUUCGCAGGAGUGUGGGCUCCCGGUGUUCGAGGAAGAGUGGGAGAAAAACGCUGUGGCCUGGGUAUAUGCCUUACAGAAACAUGUCAACAACAACUACGUUAACCAAGGCAGUGAGCUUCUCUACCUCGUCCUCGACAACAUGCUGUUUGAAGAUCCGGACGAGAGGUCGUCGGCAGAUUAUGUCAACACCGAGGCGGCGAAGCUCUUGCAAAGCAUGGCCCACGAGUCGGAUGACGAAGGCUCAGCUACGCCAAAACCUUCGACUGACGGCGACCAGUCCGUUGUGGAAUCUGAGGAUUCCAACGAGGACAGCGAGGGCGUCGAGGCGACUGAUGCCGAAGAAGAAUGGGGGUGGCUAGGAGUUCCGGUCCCUGAAACUCGGGUGAGCCAGGUUCUGGAAACCACUGAGGCGAUGUCGCAAGGAAGCAUCGUGAAUGGCUUGCUGUGGAACUCUGGAGGCCCUGAACGAGGAACCUUCGCAAGCAGCAACUGCAGCAGCCAAGCUACAGUACUCGGCACUGUUGAGGCCGCCCAGGCCGAGGAGGAGGGCCCGCACGAAGAAGAGGCCGAGGCCUCCUCGGUCGCUGGCUCCCUCCCUGGCGGCGACGAAGUCCAGGGAGAUGGGGGGCAAGAUGCCGGCGUGGCCUCCAGGGGAAGUCGAUCGAUGCGCAAGAGAAGCUGGCCAGAGGGAAACUUGCUGUUAUCGCUCCCCCAGUCUUGCAAUUAUCCGCCCUCGGCAGAUCAAAAGUGUGCCAUCAGCAAAGGGCCGGUGGAUCAGAAACGGAGCAGGGUUGGUGGAUGUGUAGGUACAGCCCAAGCGAUAGGCGCUCUGGACAUGGGCCUGUACAGGAGAAGCCGAACACUGGUAGUAGUGAGCAUCUGGUAGGUGAAGGCCCAGAAUAGGUGUACAGCAGCGCUUCAAGACCGAUGUGCGUCGAGGUGUUAUAUACCCAGGUAGUGUUGAGGUGUAAGAUGUGACGCUGUGAGGGUUGGACCCUUGGAGGCUUGGCCCACGGCGCCACAGCCGAUGAUGAUGCAGCCACAGGGACGCCACUGGAGGCCCGCACCGGGAUCCGGGGGAAGGCAAGGAGCGUCAGCCACAAAGGCAAAUGAUACCUACAUAAAUGAUAAUAAAUACCUGACACGCUC